GGCCCCUUUUAUUCUCUUUUCCUUUUUCCAGGCCGGACGUGCUCAGGGCAGAAAUGCUUUGGCCACUUCUUGCAUUGGGAGGAGCAGUUUAAAUCCUUGGCUUUAAAACCAGGUUGUUGCCAGCUCAGACUGAGACUUAAAUUCAGGUUGAUGUUUUGAUGCGACAGUCGCUUUUAAUCCUCUCUGAGCCCGCUACACAGGGACAGGCAGAGGAAAGGGACAUCAGCUCACAGCAAAGGAUGGUACCCGAGGCGUCCUGAGCAGCACAGCACUGCAGGAGAGGCUCAGCACGGAACCAGCUGAGCAAACAGCGGCUGCCGGGGCCCCAGCUGCAGCCACGCUCCAGCCUGCACAGUCACAGGAGGGCUGUGCUCCCACCGAGCAGGAUGAGGCUGCUCUUCCCUGCCCUCGUGCUGGCCCUGCUCGCUGCUGCCCGUGCUGCUGAAGACUCCUGUGUUGGCCACUGUGACGAUGGCUUCGAUGCGAAGCGCAAAUGCCAGUGUGACACCCUCUGUGUGUACUACCAGAGCUGCUGCAGCGACUACUCUACCGUCUGCAAAGCCAAAGUGACCCGGGGAGACGUGUUUGCCUUGCCGGAGGAUGACUACCUCGACUACAACUUCACCAUCGACUUGGGCACAACAGAAAGCACCAGCGCAGCCCCCACAGAGCUACCCACAUCCCUGCCUCCAGAGCAGCCCACACUGGAGAGCAAACCAGACCCUGAGGAGACACUGACCAAGGUGCCCAGCACCACACAGGAUGGGUUUGCAGAGCUGGAGCCUGUGGAGGAGCCUGAGGAGCUGUGCAGCAGGAAGCCUUUUGAUGCCUUCACUGACCUGAAGAAUGGUUCCCUUUAUGCUUUCCGAGGGAAGUACUUCUAUGAGCUGGAUCAGAACAGCGUGCGGCCAGGCUACCCCAAGCUCAUCAGCGAUGUCUGGGGCAUUGAGGGUCCCAUUGAUGCAGCCUUCACACGCAUCAACUGCCAGGGCAAGACUUACCUGUUCAAGGGCAGUCAGUACUGGCGCUUUGACGAUGGAGUCCUGGACCCCGAGUACCCUCGUGACAUCUCUGAGGGUUUUGAAGGCAUCCCAAAUGACAUUGACGCAGCCUUCGCCCUCCCUGCCCACAGCUACCGCGGCAAUGAGAGAGUCUACUUCUUCAAGGACAAGUACUACUGGUCCUAUGACUUUGCCAACCAGCCCACACAGGCUGACUGUGAGAAGUCCUCCCCCUCCACCGUGUUCAACCACUACGCCUUCAUGAACCGGGACAGCUGGGAGGACGUCUUCCAGAUCCUCUUUGGCAGCAGGAUGACCGGGGCCAGCAGCCCGCGGUACAUCAGCAGGGACUGGCGGGGGGUGCCCAGCCGGCUGGAUGCUGCCAUGGCCGGCAGGAUCUAUGUGGCCUCGCAGCAGCCCCGCAGGAGGAAGUCUCGCCGCCAGCGCAAGAGGUACAAGAGCCACCGCUCGCUGAAUCUGGGCUUCUGGAGCUGGCUGCACAACGACUCCGAAUCCGCAGGGAUUGAAAGCGACUGGCUGUCAGGCUCCAAGUGCGAGACCCUCCAGAGCGUCUACUUCUUUGUCGGAGACAAGUACUACCGUGUCAACCUGCGCACCAAGCGCGUGGACCUGGUGCAGCCCCGCUACCCACGCUCCAUCGCCCAGUACUGGCUGGACUGCCCUCAGCCUGGGGAGGAGAGCACCUGAGUGGUCUGCACCAGAGCCACCAGCAGCACAGCCCCUAGAUAGACAAAUAAACUGAGUGCUGUGCAGGCUGGA